AUGACUCGAGUCACAACGGAUGCAGAUGGCAACACUUAUCCUGAAGGCGGUUUAGAGGCCUGGCUAGUUGUCUUUGGUAGCUUCAUGGGUCUCUUUGGCUCCCUUGGCUUGGUGAACACCAUUGGAACUUUCCAGGCCUACAUUGAGGAUCACCAGCUGAAAGGAUACAGCUCUGGAACCACAGGCUGGAUUUUUGGCAUGUACGCCUUUUUGACCUUUUUCUGCGGUGUACAGAUAGGUCCAGUCUUCGACGCCAAAGGUCCUCGAUUCUUGGUCUUUUCGGGUGCCAUACUGGUCAUCGUCAUGAUGGUAGCUCUGGGUUUCUGCACCCAGUAUUGGCAUUUCAUGCUGGUCAUCGGUGUCGCUGGAGGUAUUGGAGCCUCGCUCAUCUUCACCCCCGCAAUCGCCGCGAUCGGCCAUUUCUUUAACGAGAAACGUGGCGUUGCAACUGGCAUUGCUGCCACAGGUGGCUCCGUAGGAGGGGUUGUCUUUCCUCUUACCUUGGAGGCCUUGUUCCCCAAGAUAGGUUUCGCAUGGGCAACCCGGGUGGUUGCGCUUCUUUGCCUUAUCUCAGUGGCCAUUGCGUGUUUGUUGAUCAAGUCUCGAUUGCCCAAAAAGCCCGCUGUAAAGGAGAACAUGCUGCCCGAUUUUCGUAUUUUCCGGGAGCCAAAAUUCGCUCUUACCACAGCUGGCGUCUUCUUCAUCGAAUGGGGCCUCUUCAUUCCGAUCAGUUACAUCUCUUCCUAUGCGUUGGCUCAUGGCGUUUCCUCCAAAUUCUCGUACCAGAUCCUGGCGAUCCUCAAUGCGGGUUCAUUCUUCGGUAGAGGGAUCCCUGGGUUUGUGGCCGAUUAUUUGGGACGGUUCAAUACGCUCAUCGCCACGGUUGCGUUAUGCCUCGUCUGCAACGCGUGUCUCUGGCUUCCGGCCGGCAACAGUGUACCUGUCAUGGUUGUGUACUGCGUUAUUUUUGGUUUUGCAAGCGGCAGCAACAUCAGUCUGACCCCUGUUUGCAUUUCGCAGCUGUGUAAGAUCGAGAACUACGGCAGGUACUAUGCUACCGCGUACACGAUUGUGAGUUUCGGCACGCUUACGGGCAUUCCAAUCGCCGGAGAGAUCCUGUCCCGAUGCAAUGGCGAGUAUUGGGGCUUGAUUACCUUCACGACUUGCUGCUACGCUCUUGGCCUCGUCUGCGUCACGUUGGUCAAGGUAAUUCACGUUGGCUGGCGUCACCCACUAGCGAUAUACUGA